UAUCCAUAGGGUUACUCAUAACUCGCCGGUGACAGCUGUUACGCUAACCUUCAGCGCUGCGUUUUACGUUAACUGUAUUUAAUGCGCUUUUAUUUAGAUAGCAGACACUGUAAUUAGACUCUGGGUUUUAUUUUACACUCGACUACAGGUUUUCCAGUAUAAUUCAGGAUGUCUUACCCUCCACCGUUAAACCGUCAGCAGAUUGGCAUCCCGCAGUUACCUCCCAGGAUCCCCCCUCCUGAGUUUGGGGGAUUUGCCCCAGCUGUCCCUCCAGGUACUCCCAUGAUCCCGGUUCAUAUGGGUGUAGUGACCCCCACACCCACAGUUCUUGUCCCAACAACUAUUGCUGUAGCACAGAAGCCAAUGGCUCCAAAGAAGGAGCCCGGCGGCAUCAGAGUCAAAGACAUAGAUGACAGCGGUGGUCCGACCACUACUGUGUUUGUAGGGAACAUCUCUGAAAAGGCUUCCGACAUGUUGGUCCGACAACUUUUAGCGAAAUGUGGUAUUGUACUAAGCUGGAAAAGGGUCCAGGGUGCUUCUGGGAAACUUCAAGCUUUUGGUUUCUGUGAGUAUAAGGAGCCUGAGUCUACUCUACGAGCCCUCAGACUUCUUCAUGAGUUGCUCUUAGGUGAUAAAAAGCUGUUGGUCAAGGUCGAUGCCAAAACCAAGGCCCAGCUGGAUGAGUGGAAGGCCAAGAAGAAGAGUGCUAAUGGGGGAACCAGUGGUGGGUCGAAGAAUGAGGAUGAAGAUGAGGAGGAGGUUCUAGAUGAAGAAACUCUACGAAGAGACCAGGUGGUGAAGGGGGCGAUUGAAGUCCUCAUACGAGAGUAUGCAAGUGAACUCAACGCCCCCUCACAGGAUCCUGACAGUCAACCUCGCAACAAGAAGAGGAAAGAGAAGAAAGAGGAGGAGGACAUCAAUGCCAUGGAGAUGGAGGAUGACAAGAGAGACUUGAUUUCCAGGGAGAUCAGUAAAUUUCGUGACACACACAAGAAACUGGAGGAGGAAAAAGGAAAGAAGGAAAAGGAGCGCCUGGAGAUCGAGAGGGAGAGGAGGGAGAGGGACAAAGAGCGGGAGCGAGAGAGGGAGCGGCGCGACCGGGAGAAGGAGAAGGAGAGGGAGCGAGAGCGGGAUAAGGAGCGGGAGAGGGAGAGAGACCGGGAACGGGAGAGAGAGCGCGAGCGGGAGAGGACGAAGGAGCGAGAGAGGGAGCGUGAGAGGGACAGGAGCCGAGACGUCAGCGAAGACCGAAGCAGAUCGAGAGAGAGGACCAGAGAUGAUAAAAAACGAGACCGAGAAGAAGACGAGGAGGACGUGCAUGAACGGAGGAGACUGGAGAGGAGGCUCAGAGACAAAGAGGCAGCUUACCAGGAACGCCUGAAAAACUGGGAGAUCCGAGAGAGGAAGAGAGGUCGGGACUACAGCAAAGACACGGAGCGGGACGACGAGAGGAGACGAGAAAUGAUGAAAGAAGCCAAAAGACUGAAAGAAUUUCUCGAGGAUUAUGACGACGACAGAGAUGACCCUAAAUUCUACAGGGGCAGUGCUCUGCAGAAGCGACUCCGAGACCGAGAGAAGGAGACAGAAUUAGACGAGCGGGAUAGAAAGAGAGAGAAAGAGGAGCUGGAGGAGAUCAGACAGAGGCUGCUGGCUGAAGGUCAUCCAGACCCUGAUGCUGAGCUACAAAGAAUGGAGGAGGAAGCAGAACGCAGACGACAGCCCCCUCUCAAACUUGAACCCGAGGACGGCGCGCACCAGGAGAAAUCACACAAGGACCGGGACCGGGAUCGGGACAAGCGAGGGUCAACAAGGCCCUCCGAGCCCAGCCCCCAAGCCCCCCCGCAGCAUUCAGAUGACGACAAUGACGUGGAUGGAGAUGAGGAGGACUGCAGAGAUGGCGAGGACUCGCAAGAGGCCAAACCACAACACAAAGCCAUCAUGAGACCAAUCACCACAGCUCCCUCUGUGUCCUCUGCAAGUGGGAACGCCUCUCCGAACACACCUAGCAACAUGUCCCCAUGUGGGAUCAUCAUUCCUGGUGAGAGCACGCCUGAGGUCCAACCUCCAGAGGAAAACCGGCCCAAGAUCGGUCUCAGUCUCAAACUAGCUGCCACCAACAGUCCCAGCCAGCUCAGCGUGGGGAAGAGGAAGAAGCUGGCGACCGUGGAGAGUGUUUUCAACAAGUUUGAUGAUGAGGAGGCUGAUGAGCAACCCCGCAAAAGGAAACUGGUUCCUCUGGACUACGGGGACGACGACAAGAGUCUGGGCCUGGAUGGGGCUGAGAUUUCAGCGGGUAAAGGCAGCAUCAACACAGAGGAGAAACGCAAACACAUCAAGAGCCUCAUUGAGAAGAUCCCCACCGCCCGGCCGGAGCUCUUCUCUUAUCCUUUGGACUGGGCCAUGGUGGACUCGACUCUGAUGGAUCGGCGGAUUAGACCAUGGAUCAAUAAAAAGAUUAUUGAAUACAUCGGAGAGGAAGAACCCACACUGGUUGAUUUUGUGUGUUCAAAGGUGAUGGCACACAGCACUCCUCAGGGUAUUCUUGAUGACGUUGCAAUGGUUCUGGAUGAAGAAGCGGAGGUCUUCAUAGUUAAAAUGUGGAGGCUGCUGAUCUAUGAAACAGAAGCAAAGAAGAUCGGCCUGGUGAAAUAAAGACUUUGUUUUUCCCUCUGACUUCCUCACCUCACAGUUCUGCUGCUUCAGUUUUCUGUGAAGCAGACGUGUCGCCAAACAUCCCUGUUCCUGUAGCUCAGAGCAGCGGCCUUUUACACGCCUGUGUUUAGAGGGAACGUCUGAGCUGUGAGCAGAACGACUUUGCACAAACAUGCUGCAUGAUGAAACUUCAGUAAUGUUCCUUUGUUGAGGCAAAUGAAGGCUGAUUUUUUUCCACCUGUUCUUUAAUAUGCCAGACACAUCUUGCUUCAAUUUAAUGCUGUCAUGUUUAGACGCAGCUUCAUUGUGUGAAAUAAUAAAUACGCUUU